CCAGGUUCGGAGGGACCGUCGGCAUCGGGCUCCAGCAACAUGGACCAAAGGGAGAUUCUGCUGCAAAACCUGGAAAGGGCCCAAAGGAAGAAGCUCAACCGAGAAGAGUUUGCAGACGAGUUUUUGAAGCUGAAAAGGCAGUCAACAAAGUACAGAGCGGAUAAAAUCUACCCUGCAGCAGCAUCUGAGCAACUAGAGAACAUAAAGAAGAACAGAUACAAGGACAUCCUUCCCUUUGACCACAGCAGAGUGGAGUUGUCCCUGAUCACAUCAGAUGCAGAUUCUCAUUACAUCAAUGCCAACUUCAUCAAGGGUGUCUAUGGGCCAAGAGCAUACAUUGCAACCCAGGGUCCUCUCUCCACUACUGUCAUUGACUUUUGGAGGAUGAUUUGGGAGUAUGAAGUCCUGAUUGUGGUCAUGGCUUGUAUGGAGUUUGAAAUGGGAAAGAAGAAGUGUGAGCGGUACUGGGCAGAGGUGGGCAGCUCUCCCCUGCACUGUGGCCCUUUCUCCAUCAUCUGUGAAACGGAGGAGAAGAAAAAGGAGUAUGUGAUUAGGACUUUAAAGGUGACCCUGAAUGAGGAAAUCCGCACCAUCCACCAGUUCCACUACAAAAACUGGCCAGACCAUGAUGUCCCCUCAUCCAUUGACCCCAUCCUGGAGCUCAUCAGUGAGAUUCGCUGCUACCAGCCUGAUGACAAUGUCCCAGUCUGCAUCCACUGCAGUGCUGGCUGUGGGAGAACAGGAGUGCUCUGUGCCAUUGACUACACCCAGAAGCUGCUGAGGGACGGGAUUGUUCCAGUGAACUUCAGUAUUUUCAGCCUGAUCCAGGACAUGCGCACACAAAGACCUUCCAUUGUGCAGACCAAGGAGCAGUACGAGCUGGUUUAUGAUGCAGUGAUUGAGCUCUUCAAAAGGCAGAUUAAAGCCCUUGAUGCCCAGGAAGAUUCUGCUGCUUCACAGAGACAAACAAGGCACCCUGUAGCCAAGCCACUUCUGACUCCAGUGGAAGAUAUUUAUUCUCUCAGAUUACUAACCUGCUCAGAGGAAGAGGAACAGGGUCAAUGUCUUCCUCCAGUGGGACAAAGCAAAGCACCCCCAACAACCUCUGCCCCGGGAGCAGAGGACAGCUCUGGCCGUGGAGUCCCUCCCAUCAGACAGGCCAUCUCCUUCGCCCCUCUGGACUUCCUCAGCUGCAGGAGGGCGGCUGCCCCGGGGGAGCAGGGCCCUGGGGAGGCUCUGCAGAAACGCCGCAGCCAGGAGCUCAGCAGCAUCUGCCCUGAGCAGCUGCUUCUGCCCCUGGGGCCGCGGGCAGGAGGCAGGAGCGGGUCUGGCCAAGCACCCCUGACACGGGCUGUGUCCACCCCCUUCGUGCUGGCGCAGCAGGGAGAAGGCUGGGAACGGGAUGUGAGGGGUGCAAAGCCUGCCCUGAGUUCACAGCUGCCAGGUGCCUGCUGCUCAAGCUUCCAGGUGAAGGAGGACGGUUUUUCCCCUGUUAAUCCACAUCACUUGAGUCAAGGCCUGGGUGGUGCCCUGAGCCACAGAAACCGCGGGCGAUGUCUGUACCCGAACUGCUGCUCAGCAGAAGACCCCUACUUCUCUUCAGUCUCUCCAGAUGACCCCGUGUCCCCGGUGUCUGGUGAGUGCUGGGCAGAGGGGCAGGAUCUGCUCCUCCCUGCCCCUGCUGUCAGUGCUGUGGCCAGCUCCCCACUGCCCGUGUCCCACCACACUCCUUUGCUGAAGGAUGAGACGGUGUCCCCAGGUAACUCUGAGCCUCUGGUUAAUCCAUCCCUGUCUCCCCAAUUAGCCACCCUGCCACUGCCAGAUGAUGACAAUCCUCCACCCCUGCCCGAGCGAACCCCCGAGUCCUUUAUUGUGGCCAGUGAAUCUGGACAAUUUCCUCUGGCAACUUCUGAUUUUCAGCUUCCAGCCAGAAAUACAAAUAUUGGAACCUCUUUUGAGUGGAGUGGUGAGUCUCACUCAGAGGUGUUUAAUGACUCAGUGAGACUGAGAACAUGUAGGAGUGUGAAGCUUUGGAGCCCACAAACAGAGAAAAGGGAUCACUCUAACUCUCCUCCCCCGCUCCCUGAGAGAACCCCGGAAUCAUUUGUUCUUGAGGACACAGCAAGUCUGCAGCCUGCUGCAAGAAAUUCUGCAACAAGUUUUCCUGUCUUGGAGAGCAAUGCUUCUGAAAUGUCACAAAAAGAGCCCAUGAAAAGCUUCAGGAGAAGCAAGAGCUUGAAAAUACUGAAAAAUGUGAGAAAGAGCAUCUGUGGUCCAUCUUCACUGACAAAACAACCAGAAUCUGCCCCACCAAACCAGUCGAGGUCUUUCCUUAGCUUUGGCUUUGCAAAUCGAUUUUCAAAACCUAAAGGACCAAGAAAUCCACCCCCAGCAUGGAAUAUUUAG